AUGCAUGACGUAAUCAUUCUGCGACAGAGUCGGUUUACUAUCGCGACGGAAAAUCGUGAUAUAAACACAAAUGUAACGAUUUGAAUGCUACAGGCGCGAGUUGUCUCAGCAGCAAUUUAUAUAGACACGUUUGUUCAAAGACACACGCACAAAUGUAAUCAAGUUGGUUAAGGCUUGUAUACUGACGUUGCAGUUACAUUUGAAUACUCGGUAACGUUAGCAACCUUGUCCUCCAUUUAGAUACUUGAGCAGCUAGGCUAAUUCGCAGUCAAGGUAUGUUUUUGAAUUCAUUGUUUUCUCCUGGUUUUGCAUGCACACGAUCAGCCGAGUGAUUUAACACGCACAUGGCUAGUUCUUCCAGUCAUAUGACAACGGGAGUGAAUAAUAACUACUCGCUGGCUACUUAGCUAGCUAAACUGUAAACACUGGUGCACUAACAUGGAAGCCUGCGAUGCGUUCAGUCAUACAAGCCAGUUCUGUUCAAGUGUUGUUCAGUGUACAAGACCCCGUGAUUUAGUUUUAGUUAACGUAUUUUUACGCAUUGUCUUUUAAUGCUGGAGCUAACCAGGAUUGUACUUGGAGAUACGGAAAGUUUUCUCACAAGUUGUGCAGUUCCAGCUUGAAAUCCACGUUGGUGGAGCCUGAAGGUGGAGAGCUGCUAAAGCAGGCAAGCAGGCAAAGGCCAGCGGGGAGUCCCUGGAGGAAUGGACAUGAUCCUUGGACAUGAGAGUCCAAGUUCAUAACAGCUCCGACCAGGCAAAGCCGGCACCAGCCGAGAUGUCGGAGAAUGGGCGCGCACGGAGGAAACGCGUGCCCAAGUUAUGCGACUGCUGUGGGCCGAACACCAAACCUCAUGCGCUGGGUCACGGGCCGGUCACGAAGAAACGCGGCCGCAGGAAGAAAGAGGUGGUGAACGAAGUGGAGGUGACGACUGACAACCAUUUAAGUUCUGCGUUCGUCGACCUAGCGUCGACACCAGACACCGCGGACACCAUGACUGUGUGCGGAAUGCAACAAGUAACACUUCCUGAACCAGGCACACCAACACUGAGUGGGGAACAGAUUAUUCCUCUGGUUCUGCACAAUGGCACUGCGACCAGUCCAGAGAACAGUGAAAGCAAUGAUGCUGAUUGCGCUCCACUCGGUGACUCAAAAGAGCCCAGUUGUGUCAUGCACAGUACAACUCAAUCCAGUUUGGAUUCACACUGUGAUCCUACAGCACCUCUGGACUGCCUGCGUCGCAGUCCGACCUCACACAAUGACUGUAUGGAUAAAUUCAUAUGUCCUGCUGCAGAGAGCAGCAUCACUACGUCAGAUCAGCCCACAGACACUGAUGCCAUGGAAAUUGAACACGCUGUGUAUGCAGUUUAUCUAAACACAAAGGCUUUAUGGGACCACCGUUACUGCAAACGGCCUCACGUCGACGCAGAAGAAGAGCGAGCGAAUAUCUCACAGCCACCUUCAGCUGAAAUCCAGCAGGAAGAUGUUGUAGAACUCCUUCACGAAUACCUCGAGCUUUUCUAUGGGAAGUAUGGGAGCUUCAUUCCACUGAACGAGGAGGACAUUCUUCAGUACCUGAACGAACACUUGAACGCUGACUUUAAUGACCGAAGGAAAAUGAUCAACAAAGAAGUGCUGAAGUACAAGGCCGGCUUGGCGUGCGCGUCGAUGCAUUUCUUCAAAGUGACCUACAACAAGCACACUCUGGCACUCGAAGACCUUUCAACACUUGAAGACCAAAACUGGGUCAAUGACCAGGUCAUAAACAUGUAUGGUGAAUUGAUCAUGGAUGCUACAAACCACAAGGUCCAUUUCUUCAACAGUUUCUUUUACAAACAGCUUGUAGCAAAAGGCUAUGAAGGAGUGAAGAGGUGGACAAAAAAGGUGGAUGUGUUUUCUAAAAGAUUGCUGCUGAUUCCUCUCCACUUGGAGAUCCACUGGUCCCUGAUUACUGUGGACGUCCCCAAGCAAAACAUAAACUUCUAUGAUUCCCAAGGAAUAUUGUUCAAGUUUGCUGUUGAAAACAUUUUGAAAUACAUCAUAGCGGAGGCAAAAGAAAAGAAGCACGCUGCUCUCCAAAAAGGCUGGAAGAUGACUGUCAACAAGGGUAUUCCACAACAGAAGAAUGAUAAUGACUGUGGAGUUUUUGUUCUGGAGUACUGCAAGUGCCUGGCAUUUAAAGAACCAUUGCAGUUCACACAAGAGGACAUGCCUAAAGUGCGUAAAAGAAUAUAUAAGGAACUCUGUGACUGCAAACUCACUGACUUACAAAAACAGGUCUAAUAUUAUUGUUGUUCACUCAUGUACUGGUCAGUGGAUUUUCUUUGUUGUUGUCGGUCAUGAUGGAAGAGGACAUGCACUUCACGGUCGGUCAUAAGUCUGGAGAGAAUUCGUUGUUCCGGACAAGAAACUGUCUCGACAAGACUCGAGACGCCAAAACGUCAGGCUUCUGCACACGGUCAGUUUUACAUCGUCCACAGAUGACGUUAAAUGUUGGCUAUCGAAAAGGCUACUUUUAACAAUCAUGCGUGGCAACCUCAGAAAACAAUCGAGUUUUCUUUUUGUACAUUUCUUUGUCCUAAGCCUUUGCAGCUUGUUCAAUCUUUUACCCAUGUCCCAAACUAUGUGGUUCGAUCAGGUUCCUUUUCCACAAAUAUAUGCAGUGUAUGAUACACAGCAUGUAACUUGAAGGAUCUGUAUUUUAUAUUCUUGAUUGCAUUCUGUAUGCAGUACAGGCAGAAUUUGAACAAAAGGCAAGCUUUUAAAAUGAAUGUACUGUUAAAAUGAAGAACAAUGUUUGUUUUUUUGGUUUUUCUUUCAUUUCCCCACCGAACUUGACAUCUAAACAACACUUCCUUUAAAGACUUUUAUCUCAGACUGACCAUGCUUUACUAAUGGGCCAUAUUCUUUCUCUUUCAUACUCUUUGUUAGAAGCACUCUAGACACUUUCUUUAACGCUUUAAUGUUUUUAAAAAAGCAACGUCAUCCCGACAUUUCCCGUAGCAUGUAGCUGUAAGUUCUGUUUCGACUUCCAUAGGGUGUUUUACAUUCACGGUAAACAUGGGUAUGAAAGAAUUAGGUACCUGACUGGGUCAAGUUUAGUUGUGGUUUGACGACUAAGCAAAUUAAAACCAUGUAUGUAAUUCAACCAGACAGAACAGCUUGGAUUCAUGAAGGCUCGUGUGUAUGCUCCCAGAACAGUGACGGGAACUAUAUUAACGAUAGCCUUACAUUUAAAAAAAAACAAAAAGCUUUACUGUGUGCGGAGCUGGUACAGUAUGGUACAGACGUAAUUCCAGCACAGUUCUAGUCCAUGUAUGACAGCCAGAAUGACCAACAAUUAUAAGUAAAUAUGGUUAGACAUCAAAUUGUGGGAUACUGUAUUUUCAGUUACUUGAAGUGUAACUACAAAAUUUGACCUCAGUGAAAUGCUUGUGUUUCCUUCUGUUUGACUACUAUUUGUCAUUAUUUAAACAACCAUAUAAAACCAUUAUUGUUAACA